AUGGCGGCGGCGGCAGAAUUUCCCAGCUCCACUCCUUACAACAGCCGGGUGCGGGUGGGGGUGGGAGCGUUCAUUGUCGCGGUGCGAGAGGACCUCGAAGCAGCAACCGGUGGGAGGAGCGAAGGGAUCGAUGAUGUUCAGGUCAAGGUUACAGAGCGUGGUCUGGCAGUUGUUGUCGGAGUAAAGGAUGUUGCUCUCCCCUCCCAGUAUAGAGAACAAGCCACAGCGCUAGAAAAAUCGCCGCUCAUCUCAAUCCUCUUCUCAUCUCCCGGCUCCGAGCACUUUUCCUCUCCAUUCCUUCCUCCUCCUUCCCUGACCAGCCGGCCGCCGCCCCCGUGCAGAUUCAAGCCGCAGCCAUGGCGUCCGAGCGCACGCGACCCGUCCUCCUGCCGACCGCCGCCAUCGGCCUCCGGCGCGCAGCCGCGCGUGAACCCGGACGGAUCCGAUGAGCUCCGCCAUGCCGGAUCUGAGGAGCUCCACGCCGGAUCCGCCCGUCCACGGAGUCCCCGCGUUCUCCCCCUUCCUCCCAUCCCUUUCCCUUUUCCUGGUGCGGUAGCAGCCGACGACAGGCGAAGGCGAGGUUGCAGCCCGCGAUGGCGGAGUCGAGAGGCAGCAGCCGGUGACGUCAAGCGCAUCUAUGGGAUAGUUGCACGCUCUAGACCGUAUAGUUGGCAGGAGACAUUGUACAGUGAGGCAGUCACAGAUCUAGCUGUGCCAACCCCAGACAUUAUCUUGCCAACUUCAGAGUACAAACUGCCAAGCAAACCUGAUACAGUGCCAACUCAAGAUCUCAGCAUAACAUCUAGCAAAGUACCAAACAGACAAAGGCUCAGUGCCAACUCCAGGAGCCAUUGUGGCAACUCUAGUAGCCACUGUGUCAACUCUAGCAUCCAGUGAGCCAGCUGCAGGUCCAAAUGUGCCGACUCCAGCAACCGCUGUGCCAACUCCAGCAUCCAGUGAGCCAACUGCAGGUUCAACUGCGCCAACUCCGGCAACCACUGUGCCACCACCAGCAGCUAUUGAGCCAACUGCAGGUUCAAAUGUGCCAACCGGAGCAACUUCUGAGCCAACUGCAGGUCUACCUGUGCCAACUGCAAGACAUUUUGUAGCCAACUAUCAGUGGUGUUGGGCAACCUGUCCAACCUCUUUUGCCAACAGCUCAAGAAGGCACAAGGUUUGAUCAUCAAAACAAACUAACCAAGAAGGAAGUCUACAGGAAUCUACGCUUUUUUGAAGAUGACAAAGCCAUGGGUAAAUAAGGUCUGUAGGGGAGGUGAAGGGGAAAUUAAAAAGGAAGAAAUUCAAUGGAUCCUCACUUUUCCCUCCUUCUGGUUGCUGUGGUUGCACAGUUGUGUCUGCAGCUGGCUCACUUGCUGGUGGAGUUGACACAACGGCUGAUACAGUUGGUUCAUUUGGUCCUACAGCUGGCUCACUUGCUGGUGGAGUUCACACAACGGCUGAUACAGUUGGUUCAUUUGGACCUACAGUUGCCACAAUAGUGGCUGGGUUUGCUGGUUUGCUGCUUGGGAUGCUGACAUACUUACCAUGUUUUUGCACAUCUUUUUUGUUGCACAUAAUUUUUCCACACGGUGUGGCUAUAUAUUUGGCUGCUGGAACUGAUUUAGUUGCAUGAAAGCAGCUUCAAUUUGCCUAUGUUUUGUUUGCACAUGACCGUUGUGGAUAUAUUUUAUGUCUACUUUUUUUGCA